ACAAGUCCUGUUGAUGAGGCGAUAUAAAGCUUUGGUGCUGAUAAAGAUCUGGCAACCCUGCACAGAGCUACAUAAUAUACACAUUUCAGGUUACUGAUAACGAAGGCGUUUUUUUUUUGCAACUGAGUCCCCGAGUCCGGCGCCAAAACCCGUUCACGCAAUGGCGAAAAUAUGCACAAUAUCUGAUGAUUCGGACACUUCGGGUGAUCAGGAAGACACAGAGACCGAAUACAUAAAGGCUGAGCAGGGAGUCAAAGCCUCUCGUUCUGAGCACCACCUAUCUGUUCUACGAGCCACGUCCCGAGGAGAGCAACAAGGUUUGACAAGACAUAGGAAUUUCUCUAUAAAUGAAGACGACUUCCAGGAGGCUACUGACGGGAAAUCCAGUGCUGGAGAUGGAGAUACUUUCCGUCCGCGGUCUCGUUCAGCACCUCCAGCUUUUUGGGCCGCCAAGAAAUAUGGCAGAGAGCUGAGGAAGAUGAGCGACGAGUUUGACACCUUACUCGACAAAGGGUUAAAGAGAGUAAGGAGCGCAGGUACAACCCGUCAGAUGCACACCUCCCCCAGCUGGUUCAACUUCCUCUGGAGCCACAAAGAGUCAGACACUGAGACAAUGAGCAGCCUGUCAGCACAAAACACCCGUCCUGCAGAGUGACCCAUCAGUGGACCACAUGCUGACAGAAAGGAAAAGAGAGAGAACCCACUGGUUAUGCUGUAUAUACAGAUCAGGUCUCAUAGCCUAAAAAUGGAGGAAUGAUUCUCUGUUUUCAUGGACUACUUUAAAUCCUUCCUCAGAAGUUGAUGAAUAUCAGGACCCUGGACCCGUCACAGUCUCUAACAUCGCCCGAGUGAUGUUUACUACUAAAGAAGAAGAAAAAAACAGACCCUUUUCUUGGUCUUGGAUCUUGUGAGAAUGACCGGUUACUUCAGCGUAUGUGAGAUUCAAUCAGAACUACUGGAUACAUGACAAAAGAUGCACUGUCAUUCGCUGCCAUUUUUUUAGGGCUGUUUAAAAAUGUUUCUUCUUUAUGCAAUGGGUUAAUGAAAUCAGCACAAAAACAAUAAUGAACAAUCUUCUCGUUUUUUAAAUCAUUUUAAAUACCCCUUUUAAUUAAUAAAUGCUUAAUUGAAGAAAUAAACAUACUGAAUAAACAGAUAAUUUUCACAUUUAAACAUAAUACCUGAUCUUUGUAUCCCAUUUAUAUGUGUAGGGGUAUGAAGGGUGGGUAGAAAGGACUUUGGACAGUUUUUGUGGAUGUUGUGACAUCUGUCGUCUAACCGAGAGCAAUAAAGACCAGUAGAUUUUAAAAGUCGGACCAGACGGCAGCAGGUGGUUGCGUUCAUAUGAAAUGACUUGAAUACAUAAAGGCGAACUUCUUCGUAGCGCUUUUAUGAUUUAAAGUUUUUUAAUAUCUUACUAUUACAUUUUUUAUAACCACUACAAUGUGAAAAAUAAAACUAUAUUAAAGAAA